UAAUUUAUUUUUUUUAUAUUUUACCGUGGUCAUGUGUUUCCGGGAUCGGAAACCGGAAGUACGUCGUCGUGUUUUAAACUGCCGAACGUGUUUGUCGCGUCCCUCAUCACAAAGUUCAUAAAUGUGAUCGUCUCUGUCUGAGCUUCAUCAGCUGGUUGAUCAGAGAGCGAUGGCGGGUCCAGAGCUCCUGCUGGACUCCAGCAUCCGGAUGUGGGUGGUCCUGCCCAUCGUCUUCAUCACCUUCUUCGUCGGGAUCAUCCGUCACUACGUCACCCAGCUGCUGCACAGUGACAAGAAGGUCGACCUGGAGCAGGUUUCUGACAGUCAGGUGCUCCUGCGCAGCAGAAUCCUCAGGGAGAAUGGAAAGUAUAUCCCCCGACAGUCUUUCGCCAUGAGGAAACAUUACUUCAAUGACGCAGAGACCGGCUUCUUCAAGAAGGUCAAGAGGAAGGUCGUCCCCAAGAACCCCAUGACAGACAGCAGCAUGCUGACUGACAUGAUGAAGGGGAACCUGACCAACGUGCUGCCCAUGAUCGUGAUUGGUGGAUGGAUCAACUGGGCCUUCUCUGGAUUCGUCAUAACCAAGGUGCCGUUCCCUCUGACUCUGAGGUUCAAACCCAUGUUACAAAGAGGAAUCGACCUGCUGUCACUGGACGCCUCCUGGGUGAGCUCGGCCUCCUGGUACUUCCUGAACGUUUUUGGGCUGAGGAGCAUGUACAGCCUGAUCCUGGGACAAGACAAUGCUGCUGACCAGUCACGCAUCAUGCAGGACCAGAUGACGGGCGCUGCCAUGGCGAUGCCCCCCGACCCCAACAAAGCCUUCAAGAGUGAGUGGGAAGCUCUGGAGGUGGUGGAACAUAAGUGGGCUCUGGAGAAUGUGGAGGACGAGCUAAUGUCCAGGGACCUGAACUUUGGGACGUUCUUCAGCCAGGACAUCAAGUCCACCAUGUUCUAGAGACCAGACCUGCUGGAUCUCCAGAGUCGGGUCUCUAAACGUGUGAGAACACCACGGUGGUUCCUGAACACAGAAUACACAAAUUCUAGACUUGGAUCAAUUUAGCUCCUCACUCCGACACUUUAGUCACGUACUGCCUUUUUCUGAGCCUCCAAAUUGUAACACUUCUGAAACGAUGUUGUGCCUUCAGAUGUUAGAUGUGUGGAUAAUUAAUUUAAUAACCAUUCAGCAUGUAAAAUGUUGCUUAUGAUCGUCAGUAAUAAUUUCUGCUCCGGACAGUGUUUUUAUUAGACAACAUAAAACAAUAAAUUUGUCUUAAAUAACCAUUUAUGAGCCUUUUUCUGGAGCUUUCUGAUUAACCUCGUCUUAAUUUGCAAUAGAAGUUCAGCUGCCAUUAGGAGUUUAUAUAUUAAUAAUUAGUUUAGUCAAUAAUGAAUAUUCAUGAGCAGUCUUUGUGUAUUCAGUGUUUUAGAACAUUUUAAAUCGUCUCCGUUCUGAAUCAGAAGAGUUGCAGCUCGGUGCAGCAGGUCCAAACAGACGAAUCCUCUCAGGACGAAGUUUCUCUUUGGAGCGACGCAGCGUUCAAAGACGACUGGGACGUUUGAAAGUUGUUUUCAGCUGCAGGAUGGACUCUCUGCAUGUACUUUUCUACCCUGUGCUCCUCCAGCCGAGGCUGUCCGAAGCCACUCGACAUAAUUUAAUAAAGGUGCCAUCACAACAACA